UUUUUUGUUUGUUUGUUUGUGGUUGCAUGUUUUGCUGAGUCCAAUUAAUUUUCACAUUUAUCGAAACUUUAAGAAUUUUGAAUAUUGAUUUUUUUUUCAAAGUGAAUUUUGCUCGCCACCAUUAUCUGAUUACAAAAUGACUGCAAGUGGUUUUCGAUUUUAUUAUGGACUUUUACAAUCACCAUUAUCUUCAUCAACAUUGUAUUCAUCAACUGCAAAAUCAGCCGCAGUAACAUUAGCAGAAAACGCAUUAUUGCAUCAUCGAAAUAAUAAUCAUUUGAAUUGUUCCAUUAAUAUGGCAAACACUACUAAUGAUUUGUCAUCACCAACAUCAUCAUUUAUGGCUUCUUUGGAAAAUCAAAAUAAUACAGAUAUAUUUCGAUUUGAUAAUCUAGGAUCAUUGGGUUAUUCAACGAAUCCAUUACCAUCAACUGUGGCUAAAUCGAUUUUAAUGGUAUUGAACGAUCGAAAUCCAUUCAUUAAUCAUCAAUUUGGUGAUGACUAUGGUGAACGAAAAUUAAAUAGACGUAAUAAUGGUAAUUUUUAUCAUAAUUUUGGCUGUAAUUCAUUUGAAAAUGAUGGAUCAUCAAUGAUGUUGAUGAUGAAAAACUAUAAAUCACAAAUACAAAAUAAACAAUAUCGCAGCAGUAGCUUAAGCAAAAAUGAUCAUCGAAAUGGUCGUAUGGAAUGUUCAUUCUGUAAGAAUCUACCACCUGAACGUGCUACCAAUUACCGUGAUCAUUGGCUUAAAGAUAAUCAAAAACGUGUUACCUGUCCAAUAUUGCGUGCAUAUAAUUGUCCAAAUUGUAAUAAUGGUGGCGGGGAUAACGCACAUACUUUAAUGCAUUGUCCAUUGAAUCGUACAAAUCUAGCAUAUGGUUUUUGCCAUCGUGCCAUUCAACAACAAAAACGACAAAUGCAACGAAAUCGUCGCAUUAAUAAUUAUCAUGUACCGUACACUAGUAGUACUGCUGCUGAUCAUGAUGAUUCUGAUGAUUAUGAUGAUUUUGGCCAUAAUAAUGAUAAUAAUAAUUAUGCAACAUUUGUACAAAAAUCACCAAAUAGUAAUGUAUCAACAAUUUGGUCAACAAUGUCGGAAGAAUCAAAUUCAAAUUGGAUUGAUAGUGAUGGCAAUGGUGGUGGUGAUUUUGAAUGGUAAUCUAUCUAGUUGUUGGUCAAUAAUUUUCCACUAUUUUACUGAUUUUGCAUUGAUAUACUUUCAUAUAUACAUUUUUCGUGCCCUUUUAAAUUUCAUUUUUUUUAAUAUCAAUUAGAAAACCAAACCAUUAUACUAAUACAUACUGCUUUUGACCAUGAUGAUUCUGGUCAUAAUAAUGAUAAUAACUAAUAUUA